AUGGCGCUUUCCGCGUUGGACAAAAAAUACCCCCGCGAAUCCCAGCAGAAUCCAGCCUUCGUCCCCCAAGACGAGGUGGAGUAUGUUUUCGACGAGAUCGCGGAAUUUGUUGUCUCCGCAACCAGGAAGAACUGCCCAGAAACCGGUGACGGGGUCAUUGCAAUGGGAGAGUACCGUCUCACCUUGGGUGACAUGCGAGGGCUAUCAUACUAUGUCCGUGACCUAACCGACGAGCUCUUCAAGCCCAAGAAGCACCGUGCAAUGCACAUGAAACACCGAAGGCCCACGCCCGCCGUGUUCAACCCUCCAAGAGCCAUGCAACCGACAGGUUCAACGCCCGCAGAUCCUAUCACGUCCCUAAACACCAGCCCAGCCGACGGACCCAUCAGAUUCCCGGGCUUCCCUCGCAGGCGGCGGAGACUGCCAGGACCAAACUCGGCUACAUUUGUGUCGGCGGACAACGUGACCGAGAUCACCUGGUUUGGUCCCAUAUCAGGGUACCCAAGCACUGAUGAAUCGGAAGCUGAAGCAAACCCACCACCUCCGCCAGAGCCACGCGAAGUCCCAUCCAUAGUCAUUACGAAGCCAUCGGACGAAGCAGCGAGCAACAGUCAAGGGCCAAUCCCCGCUGACAUCCCAAGAAAAAGACAGCAAAGCUUGAUGCACGUCCUGCCAGGCGUGGAUGAGGAGGGCGAAGGUUCACAGCCGCAGACACAGGCCGAGGUGGAGCAACCAAAGACGGUGAUUGGUAAGAUCCGCAGGAAGAGCGUCGAGCUUGGUCAGGCGGUUGGCUGCUUCGUAAACGGCGCGUACAGAAACCCGGACUACAAGCCGCGACGGGAGUCGAGCGCCAUGAGAAUGCGAGCCAUUCUCGACAGGCUCUCGCCACCACUGCCGUCGCCAGAAGAGAACGUGGAUGUAUUCUCGGCAAUGACAGGUGCCCGGCCCGUCACCCCCGAUGAUGUCUUCGAGGCAAAAGGUCGGAAGCAGAUAAAAUGCGAUGAGGCGAAGCCGGGCUGCGUCAAGUGCCUCAAGUCCGGCAGGACAUGCGCGGGAUACUCACAAGGCUUUAAGCUGCGGGAUCAGACGCAAAAGACAAUAAUAAAGGCCAAGUUCGGGAAGGCAAGUAAAGGCAAGCGGCUGGCUGCACUCAAGGAGCAGAAGACGACAACCUCGAGCCCCAAGUCAGCCCCUUCGUCCGAAAGCUCUCCCGCGCUCGGCGUGCAGGACACACAGCCGCGAAGGUCCUCGGUGCCUGCGCAAAACGGGGUGACGCAUGGCGGCCACGGGGCACCCGGAGGUCACAGGAGGAACCUGUCGGACCCGACCCUCAAGGCAAGGCGCGGGUCGACAUGGCCCCUGACGGCGUCCGACGGGGACGGCGACCUGUCCGGGGUGAUGGGCCUCGACCUGCAGGCGAUCCAUACGCCGCUGGUGGACCGCGCGCGAUGCUACUUCCUCUCCAGCUACGUCGUCUACUGCCCGAACAAGUCGGACACGGGCAUGCUGACGUUCAUCCCGUCACUGCUCGCGUCGGCCGAAGGGUCGAGCCGGUAUUUCCAGGACAUGUUCAGCGCCGUCUCGAUCGCUGCGUUCUCCAUGCGUCCCAACUGCAGGGAGGCCGCAGGUGCGACGCAUCUGUACUAUGGCGCUGGCGUCCGGGGGCUGAGGGAGGCGCUCCAGGUCAAGGAUUCGGCCAAGUCUGACACUGUCUUGGCUACUACGAUCUUGCUGGGAGUGUACGAGGGACUUGCAUAUGGCGACGCCGACAAAAUCGCAUACACACAGCACUUCCGGGCUGCCCUUGAACUUCUGCGCCUCAGGGGCCCGGAGCAGUUCUCUUCCAAGCAUGGCACAGAGAUGUUUGAUCUGGUCAUGGAGAGCCUGUUGCGCCAGUACGACUUGUCUACCGUCAUAGGAGAUGAUGACAUCCUUCGGUGGACCACGCAAGCCUCGAGUAUUCCCCAUGCGAACCGGCCACAUCUGACGUCGAUGAGAAUGUUGGACCUGCGGUCCAAACUGGCCAGCCUGCUUGGGUCACCACGGAGAGACUCCGAAGCCACCCGGAAAGCCGUCAAGAUACUCAUGACGGCGCAAGAAUUCGAGAGGCGUGUAAGUCAUUAUUACGAGUCGGAAGACCUGAUGGCCAAGAAGAACCUGUGGCUCGCAAAACCGGACGAGAACUCAGACCUUAUAUAUCCUGACUGGUGGACGGCAACCCGUUGGCUGAACAAGUACGCCUUCCGCUUGCUCAUCUGCCACAUCAUCGCAGAUGUGUCCAGCUGGCUGGCAGAAUCGACGGAUCCGUGGCCGCAGAACCUGGGAACGAGUGCGUCCAAGACUGCGAAGGAGGAUAUCCAUAAUAUCAUCGCCAGUAUUCCAUACCUGUGCUCCUGGAAGGGAAUAGGAGAGGACCCUCCAAAAGGGGCCCAGUCACCGUGUGGAAGUGACGAUGUGGGCUCGGUCGAGGGUAUCACCAACUUGAUGGUCAUCUGGCCCCUGGUCCUGACAGCCGAGAGCCAGUUCGUCACCCCGGAGCAGAAGGAAUACGUGCAGGGCAGGCUAGGGUGGAUCGGUCAGAAUAUGGGGGUGAAACACGCCGCCGUCGUGUGUGAGGAGUCGAACACGGGGAGGCUCGCGGAACAGGCCAUACCAUGA